GAGUCUCUGGCGCGGUGCCAGUUCAAGUUCCCGCCAGAGGACAAGGCGUGGGUUCCGCACGACCUUGAGGAUUUCGUCAGAAACGAGGGCAUAGUAGCCCAGACCAUGGCCAUGCUGGCGCUUGGUAUCGUUGGUCAUCGUCUCAAGCGCCAAUUGUACAUUUUACGGGGGUGGCCAGGGAGGCUCGCGCUGUUCUUAGGGGGGGCAAACUCGGCAGCGCAGGCCAUGCAGUGCUGGCAGGCGGACGUGGCUGCAUAUGCGAUUUUCAAGGACAAUGCGAACUUCACUGCUGGCUGCAAAACAUUCGUGGAACGAUGUUUGUUUAAGGACGUGGCCAACGAACAAAUCAUGGAGAUCCUGCGGGCCGAAGCGGGUCAGGUGACCCCCAAAUUUUUGGCAUGGGUUCGAGAAUCUUUCGAUGGGCCUUUGAAUUCGAAGGUCGUCGAGGAUUGCAUCAAGGCCCUAUCAGACAUGGCCGACGGACAGGGAAACAUGAAAGUCUCGGCGAGGAAAUCUUUCUCGCACCUCAUUGACAGUCAGGUGUUGGAUGGGAUUCACAGGUGGAAGAGCGUAGAUUCUGAUCUCCACUACGUCUACGAGAGACAGCAGGCGUCCACCGCGAAAUGGUACCAGCCGAGCGCCGCGGGAACCACGGUCCCAGACGCGAAGGACGUGGCCACAUAUGCGUCCUCCGUGAAAUGGUACAGCCCGGGGGCCCAGAAUAUCUCCCAGCAGGCGACCGAUUUGGAGUUGAUGAGGUUCUGCCAGGGCGAUUUGAGACAGUGUCGGUCAGCGUGGGUCUGCGUUUUCCUCAGGGCGAAGAACCAGGCAGUGCCCAUUCAAUGGCUCAGCCCUGUCGAGCAGCGGCUGCGCUACAAGCAUGUGGAGUCCAAAGAUUUCAAGGGUUGGCACGUCCGCCCCUAUCAAGUGGGCGAUGUGGACAGUUUCGAGAAGGUCGCCUCCAGGGCAGCGUGGUGGAACUACGACCAGGCUGUCCUCGGCAAGGUGGCCGACCACCUGGGCAUGCCAUCCACUGGGAAGCCCAAGUCGUUGUACAACAUCCUGUUCGACUUGAUCCAGUUUUGUCUUGGGACUUCCGACCGUGACACGUUGGAACUAUGCAAGCACAGGUUCGCCACUUCAGAGUUGGAUGAUAUUUUGAUGAUGGAACUGAUUCUGGACUCAGAAGAGGGCUUCGAAAUGAUCGACGCUUCGGACCGCAAGGCUUACGCAGAGGAGCGAGAUAAGGUCGUUCGGAAGAGGGCGGCCCACGCGCAAUUCAUUAAGGAUUGGCAGGAGGGCCGAAAUAAAAUCGUCGGUGAGGUUCCCAGUCCUGUGAAUGUGAAUGCUACCAAAGCCAAGCAGAAGGCUGCCCGUGCCAGGGGCGAACGCAUAUACCCUGCGGUGCUCCCCACCAAGGAUAUCACGCAACCGGAGCUCAAGGCGAUGGCCCCUCCAGGGGGCUACAUAUGGACGGGCAACAAGGUUGGCAACUUUUCCGCUCAUUUUAAGCCUUGGCCCCGUGUGUCGAAGAGUUGGGCGCUGCAUGGCGGCGCCACGAAGGCUGGCUAUGAGUGCUUGCGUUAUUUAUGGGACAGGUGGUGCCUUGCCAACGGCAAGAGCCACAGCGAUGUCCCGAUACGAGGCCUCUUUCCCGCGGAUGGACAGAGCGCCGGCGCAGG